AUGGUGUAUUUGAAAAUGAGCUUCCUUAUUAUGUUUUUUGUACUAACUUUUUCACGUCCUGCAUCAACGUCACACUAUGUAGGUGGAAAAACAAACUUAUCAAAGGAAGGAGUAGAUAAUAUGGAAAUUGAGAGACAACUGAUAGCUUUAAACAAGAAGCCAGUAAAAACCAUUAUAACCGAGGUAGGUGACGUAAUAGACUGCAUAGACAUUUAUAAGCAACCGGCAUUUGAUAACCCACUGCUCAAGGAUCAUAAAAUCCAGAUGCGUACAAGAUCAAUUCCAGGAGAGACAAGAAGUGAGAAGGUUUCAACAUCCUCUAUUUUUCAUGGGCUUCAAAGGGAACGAUGUCCUUUAGGAACGAUCCCUAUUCGAAGAAUAACCAGAGAACACUUGGUUUUCGCGAAGAAAGUCAAACAAAUUCAUGCAAACGGUUUUCCUAACAUUCGUUACCAUUCGGUCUAUGCAGAAGAAAUCAUUAGUGGGAAAUUUAUUCGUCAGAAAAAAUAUUACGGAGGCUCAGCUUCAAUGUCUAUACAUAACCUUACAGUAGAUCAUGAUCAAUUUAGUACUUCACAAAUUUGGAUUGCGAAUGCUUCUUCGCCAGAAAUAAACGGCAUCCGAGUCGGAAUAAUGAAAAAUCCAAGCUUAGUUGGUGGUAAUCUCCCUCGCCUAUUUGGUUUUUGGAUUGCUGCUAAUGGACACCAGGUUGCUGGUUGCUAUAAUAUGGCGUGCCAGGGCUUCAUCCAGACCCACCCUACUGUAUUUAUCGAUCAACCGUUUGUGCACCCGUCAUUAUAUGGCCAAAUGUCAAACGAUGUGCAUGUUAAGGCCCCAGGUGAUAAUGGUGACUGGUGGUUAAGAAUGGGAGCGACUGCUGAAACAAGUGAAGAUGUAGGAUACUGGCCGAAUGAAAUCUUUACGCUUUUAAGAAACAGUGCAUCAGAUGUACGGUAUGGAGGAUAUGUAGGUUCAAUGGCUCAAGCAUCAACUCCACCGAUGGGAAACGGAUUUUUACCUCAACUUCAUGACUAUGAUACGACAGCUUACAUGAGACUAAUGAAGUAUGUGAACGAGGCAGGAGACGAUGUUGACCUAGACCCACGUUUAGUGCGAAUCAAUAAAGGAACAGUAUCACAAUGUUACAACAUUAUGUUUGCUGGUAACAUAGGUGGGGCAUGGAAAAAUACUAUCGCGUAUGGUGGACCUGGUGGUUUUUGUCAAUGA